AUGAACUACGAGUGCAAGCUUUGUGAUAAGUCGUUCACUAGUGAUCAGAAUUUAAUUCAUCAUAUCAGAGUCCACACAGGAGAAAAACCGUACAUAUGUGAAACAUGUAAAAAAUCUUUUGCUCAAUGGACCAAUUUGAAUCGUCAUAUCAGAACCCACACGGGAGAAAAACCAUACAAAUGCGUAACAUGUAAUAAAUGUUUUGCUCGAUUGGAUUAUCUGAACAAUCAUAUAAGAAUUCAUACAGGAGAAAAACCAUACAAAUGCAUGACAUUUGAAAGCAUGGUUCUACCCUUAAAACUGUCUUACAUAUUGUUGUACCUUAUUGGAGAUGAGAAAGUAGAUGUUGAAUUCCUUGACUCGCUUUUCCAAAAUGGAUAUUUUGUGGAGAUAUUUCGUGAAAAAGAUAACUUUUUCAUUUCUUCUUCGUUGACUUUUUUCUACACAAACGAAAUGAAUCAACUUUUCACCGCUAAUCAACAAUACUGGAAUACCUUUUCAGUAACUCCUGAUUAUAUUGAACUUUGUAAAUAUAGUGGUUGUAAGGAGUAUCCAGUAACAAGAAACGAUACUAUUGACGAUAUCGAAGGAAAACGAAUUUACGUUUACUUUGGUUUGGGGUCGAGUAACAAAGAAACUGUAUUUAAGCUGCAGUAUAUGAGAUUAUUGUGUGCAGGACUAAAGCUAAAAUGUAUUGAAACUGGUUUGUUUAGACAAGACGAUCAUCUAUCCAUGACAACAGAGGUUCGAAUAAGAAACUACAUGAUAUCUACCUCACCCGCCUUAGAUAUUUCUACUGUUUUUCUUUUGAAAGCUGGAAAACCCUUGAAUAAAAUUCAAACCUUUUUCAAACCUUUUGCCGUAAUGGUAUGGAUAUGUCUUUGCAUCACGUUGGUUCUCUUCAUUCUAUGUGUAUAUGCAGUUGAAAAAAUAGAAUCACGGAUCCAUGGUAAAGAUCCCCCAAAAUUGUCUACUAUUUGUUGGCUCGUUUUGCUUUCUCUGUUGAGACAAGGAGUGAACUUCAACCAAGUUCCUUCCUACACAUUUCGUGUAAUGGUUUGUGUCUGGAUCAUGAUGAUUUUUAUUCUGAGUUCCGGAUACUUGGGGAUAUUACCUUCUUUUAUGAUGAAUCCAGGAACCGAAGCCAUUCCUCAAAACUUCAAAGAAUUAGCUCUAGCAUUGGAGAAAGACAAAUAUAUUCCGUUAAUAUUUAUUGAUUCAUCCGAAGCUCGUAUCUUUCAUGUUGACUCGAGACUGGAUUUGCUAUCAAUAAAGGACGAUGAAAUUAAUUCAAUAGCAAAUUCCAUACAAAGAAAUGAAGACGUGAGUGUACUAUACGAGUAUAUUAUACCUAAAGAAGAGUUUAUUGAAGGAAAUUACGUCUUCAUUAGUUCAAAGUGGUCAUUGUCUAUGCUACAGACAGAAUGGGGAAAAGAAAUUAAACUUUAUCUGUCAUCCGAUAUCUUGUUUACUAAUUUCCUCUUUGUCCAAAUCAACACACAACUCUUUUAUCACACCAGGGAAGUUAUCAGAAUGGUGAAUAUUAUUCAGCAGAGCGGCUUGCCAGAUAAACUUGCAAGAACCCUUGUCGAAAAAAAGAUGAAUUUAACUGCAGGAUUAUAUUUGGAUGAAGAUGAAAAUGAAGUGGAAUCGGACGGUUCUGUUAAAUUCGAGGACAUUUCAAAUCAUUUAUACUUGUUGGGUGCAGGUUACAUUAUUUCUUUCUUCACAUUUCUGCUUGAAAUAUUGAUUGAUAAGAUAAUUAAUUGGAAGGAAACCAGAAACUAAAGAAAGACGUAACGUUUUUUCUACUUCACUCGUAAUUACAGUUUAAUGAAUUGUUUAAUGCUAUAUUCAUCGUAUGCAAGA